AUGUUCAUUGAAUAUUCCAGAUUACCAGGGUUCGAAAGCAUCAAUGUAUCAUUUUCCAGGGGCAUGCUAAGACUGGCCAGAUUUGCCAAUUUUCCCAGUCAUAAGGAGAAGUUGCAAUACUUCAAACUCCUCGCGGGUCCUAACAAAUACAUUCAGCAAAUCAGCGCCGGCGAUUUUAAAGAGCAUCCAGAUGAGGUAAAUUACAUCUACAUUAUACUAAUAUCUAUAUUACAAAUGGAAGAGUGUAUGCCAGUUCUUGUUCAGUGCCCAACCGUUUAUUGGGUACGAUUUGACUGGCCUGGAAAAGAAGUUGUAAAUACAUUUCAUUUUGCCAGCCAAACAUUGACGAGUGCUUUCAAUGCUGUUUUCACUCCCUAUUUUGAAAUAAUGAAAAAGGUCACUGCGAAGAUCAAAGUGAACAUGUUGCUCUUCGCAGAGCCUCGUGCAAAUUUAAACAAUUUACUUAUCAAACAUUUUCAUGAUCUUAUUUAUGAAAGUAACAAGGAUGAAACUACGAGUGAGACAAUCUUAUAUCUGAGAACUAAUGUCAAUAUUCCGAAUGUUUUUCUUAAAAACAAGAAGGCGGUUUUCCAUGGUGACUCUGUGAAGAUUGGAAAAUUUAUCGGCCAAUUCUUGAGCUUUUCAUUUAAACGACAAGUAAAGUGGUCAAAGCUAGAUUCUGUAGAUUCAUUUGAAAUUACUGCAGUAAACUAUAAAGUAUUGGUCAAUUGGGAAAAAACCCCGAGAAAAGUUUUUCUUCCUCUAAAUAGUGACACAGAGAACCUGCGCUAUAGAUUGAAAACGAAAUUUAAUAAAGAAGGACGGGGCGUUAUCACAGCAAAGACGAUCAAAAAGCAAUCUAGCGAUGAAAACGCCUGCAUCAAUCAGUCGUAUUCCGUCGAGUUUCCAAACUCAACUUCGGCAAAGACGGAAUAUCUACUGAAAAGUAAUUUUUCUCUGCAAAAAAUUAAUAGAAGCAACGAUCCUGUCCUCCAGGAGCUUAAAUUGAACGAUACGUUUUCAUUACAAAAAGAAACUCUCUCCGGUGAAAAAACUGCCUUUACAAACGAAAUGCCGCAUCCAAUUGCAGCUAUUAACGGUGGGAGCGCCUUAGGCGAUAUUAAAUAUCCAUCAACACUGCAAAAUAAAAGCGUAUGCUCUGGAAUUGGAAAGACAAUCUCAAAAAGGACAGCGAAUUGGAUUAGCUCAAACCCAGCUCCUGAUCCGUAUGGUAAAACUUCAGCGUUCUUAGGCAAUAUGUGCCCUGACUUGAAAGAUCUUCCGAAAUUGGCGCCUUCUAACAGUGUCAAAUUACUUUCACCAAAUCCUAUCCUUGGCCCAGAACAAAGUGUAGGAAGUCUCAUGAUAAGAAUCAAUCCUAAAAAUGAGCAGAAGCAUGUCAGUUUUCCGAGAAACUACGGACGUUUUAAAAACAUACUGACGAGAGGAGGUAUCAAGAUCAAGUCAUGUCGUCUCAACCAGGACGCUCAUGUAAGGGACGAAAGGGAGGAUUUGUUACAAGGACACUCAACUUUUCAGAAUAAAACCAGGGAAAAAUUCAAACGAUUAACGAAUGACUUGCACAGAGUUACAAAUGCGCUCAGAGCUGCCAAAGAAAACUGGGAUGAAAAUAGUUCGAGGAGCUCCGUUCAUUGA